CACAUACACGCACACGACGCACGGUGCACCGUCCAGCAGCCGCCAACAUGUAUAAGCAGGUUAUCGUUCUCUGCCUGGUGCUGGCGUGCGCCUACGGUGCUCUGCUCCCGCUGGCCUACAGCGGUGCCCCGCUGGCCUACAGCGGCGCCCCGCUGGCCUACAGCGGCGCCCCGCUGGCCUACAGUGCCGCCCCUCUGGCCUACAGUGCCGCCCCGCUGGCGUACGCCGCCGCCCCCACCACCUACGCGGCCGCCGCGGGCGCCUUCCCCUCCUACGAGACGGUGACCAACACGGUCUCUGUGGCGGCCGAGCCGGUGGAGCAGCACGGCUACACCGUCAAAUACUAAACAUCACCUCAGUUCGUCUCGUAAAAUCACCCGCUAAACAUCACAGACAGAUAUUAUUUUAUACCAGAAGCCAUUUCAAACGUUCAGCUUGACAGACUUUCUUUCGUGGAGUCAAAGUCUGUAGCUGACAAGAAAGCCCAACGCGGACUUUGCCCGUGCGCUUUUCCGAGGCAGCGUGCGGAAGGUUAGCACUGCUGCCAGUGAGUGACCUGACGAGACAUGCCAAUGUUGAAAAGUUUCGUUGUGUAGUGUCCUAUGCGUGUGUGUAUUUUGAUCAUCCGGCUAAAACAGACUGUUGACAUAUGUGAAAAUGAAUACAUAUUCACUGCUUCAUAAUGCGA